AUGGCGGCUAAACUGGUGGACAAAAGACUUCACAAUAUCCCAGGCAAGCUCCGCGUGGCCGAGCUUCUCUUUGAUGUGCCACUGAACUACAGUAAGCCAAAUGAUGGCAACUUGAGGCUCUUUGCACGGAGCGUUCGGCGUACCCCGCCUCCAUUCGACACGGCCGGGGACGACAAGCAGUUGCCCUGGUUGGUCUAUCUUCAAGGGGGUCCUGGGUUCGGAUGUCGCCCGCCACAGGACAACGGUUGGGUGGGGACCGCCCUUGACAAAGGAUAUCAGGUUUUAUUCCUCGACCAGCGGGGUACAGGCCUGAGCUCCACCAUUACUGCGGGCACGCUCGCUCUGCAGGGCAAUGCCGUCAAGCAGGCCGAGUACUUGAAGCACUUUCGGGCAGAUAACAUUGUCCGGGACUGUGAAGCCGUGCGCAGAUGCCUCACCACGGAUUAUCCCCAGGAGAAGCGCAAAUGGAGCAUCAUCGGCCAGAGUUUCGGCGGGUUCUGCGCCGUGACUUACCUGUCAAUGUUCGAAGAGAAGGUGGAGCAGAGGAACCAGGCAUACUAUGCCAAGUUCCCCGAAGACAUCGAGCGUGUUAAACGCAUCGUCCAGUACUUGAGUGCUAACGACAUCACGAUCCCCUCGGGAAAGCUCACUCCAGAGCGCUUCCAACAACUGGGUAUCCUAUUCGGCAUGCAUGACAUUGUCCUGCGCGCCAAUAAUGAUUUGGACAUGUUCGGAGUGUUGACCUACCCGACCCUUACGACUAUUGACAGCAAUGGCGGUUUUGACAGUAAUGUUAUCUACGCCAUCUUGCACGAAGCGAUCUACUGCCAGGGACAAGCUUCGAACUGGUCUGCGAGCAGAAUUCGAUCCGUCAAGAAAAAUUUCCAGAUCAAUGUCGAUUUGCCGCAAAUAUGGUUUACGGGAGAGAUGAUCUUCAGAGACAUGUUUGACUCCUACGACGAGCUAAACAAAAUCAAAAACGCCGCCGACAUCCUGGCAAUGACGAAUGACUGGCCUGCACUUUACGACGAAGCCAAGUUGGCUAAGAAUGAGGUGCCGGUCUACGCUGCUACGUACGUGGAGGAUAUGUAUGUCCAUUAUGACUAUGCAACCAACACGGCAGCGAAGAUCAAGGGUAUCAAGCAGUUCAUCACGAACGUCAUGUAUCACAACGCUCUUCGGAGCAAGACAGAUGAACUCAUGCAGCAGCUAUUUGCCCUGCGGGAAGACACCAUAGAUUAG